AUGACUGCAAUACGACUCAAUUUUAUCGAUAAACAGUCGGAAGUAGUUUACAAGUUGCGAACACACGAACUCACGGAGGAGGUAACUCUUCUUGUUCCAUCUGCCUGCAUAACUGAAGUGGAUGACGCCGAUGGCGCGGAGUGCUACUUUCCGCCAAGUGUUCAUCCGAGUACAUCAGAGUUCACAAAACUGAGUGGGACAAAAAUUGCCGUAUCAAGAAUCUGGUAA